GAUCGCGCCAAUCGCCACACUGGGAGGCGGCUACACUGAACGAAUGUUAGUAAGCCUGGCAAGGCGGUAACGUGACGAACGAGGCAUUCAUCUGCUCCCGAGAAUUCCAGCCGCAGACGCCAAAGAUACGCAGGUGCACAUACUUCCAGUGCAAUAUAGAACCAGCUUAUCGCCAUGAGACCGAGAAAAAAGCAACAGCCAAGUCAACGACGAGAUCGCCCUCAACGACUACCUAAAGAACAUCUGUUGCAAGCGACAAAUACUGCAGAAGAAGAUGAUGAGAUGACAACGGCUAAUUACGCUUACACACCAUUGCAAAAUCAAAAUAAUAAUAGACAAAUAGGCAGCAUGUUAUCCAGAGACUGGCGACAGGCCCUUCGAACUCCUCACGUCUAUAGAGUUGGAAACAGUACUCUACGCAUACAGAGUCAAUUUAUCGUUUUCCUUCUAUUCAUAUUUUUUAUCGCUUUAUAUUACUAUGGAUACUCCUUACUUACUAGUCUUAUUUGUACUGCUCCGCAGCCCCAUAGUACAAUGUCACCUAGUCACUUCUACUUUUAUAAUAGAACUUAUCCUUUAACGCCACCAGUUAAACAAUAUACUGGUAUCUCGUAUGCCAUUGCCAUUGUUAGUGAUUUGGAUACCAAUUCAAAAGUUGAAGGUAAACAGAAGCACGAUACAUGGCAAAGCUAUUUUAAAAAAGGCACUUUGACAUGGAUGCCAUCUAGAAAUGUUGUAUCCGUUGAAUGGGAAGCUAGCAUGACUUCAUUGAACUCUCAACUAGGUCUUAGUGGCAGAGGAAUGGAGCUUUCAGAGCUUAUUACAUUUGAUGGUAGAUUGCUAACUUUUGAUGAUAGAACAGGAAUGGUUUAUGCUUUUGAAGGAGACAAAGUUUAUCCUUGGGUCAUACUAAUGGAUGGCAAUGGAAAAAAUCUCAAAGGUUUUAAAUCUGAAUGGGCAGCUGUGAAAGAUGAUCAAUUGUAUGUUGGCAGUAUGGGCAAAGAAUGGACUACACCUACUGGUGAAUUUGUAAAUAACAAUCCCCAAUGGAUCAAAAUCAUUUCACCUAGAGGAGAAAUACACUCUACUAAUUGGGUAUCCAAUUAUAAUCGGUUGCGAGAAGUAUUAGAUAUCCACUUUCCUGGGUACAUGAUUCAUGAAUCUGGAGCAUGGAGUAAUAUACACCGUAAAUGGUUCUUUUUACCUCGAAGAUGUUCUAAAGAGCAAUACAAUGAAACAAAAGAUGAAUCCAUGAGCUGUAAUGUAUUGAUAAGUGCAGAUGAAACUUUUGUGAAUGUUCAGGUAACUUACAUUGGAUCUGUAGUACCAAUUAGAGGAUAUUCAAGUUUCAAAUUCCUACCUGGUUCAAAAGAUACAAUUAUAGUUGCUCUGAAGACUGAAGAAUACAAAGGAAAUACUGCUACUUAUAUUACAGCAUUUACGAUCGAAGGUCAAAUACUGAUGCCUGAUGAGAAAAUUACAGAUAAAAAAUUUGAAGGCUUGGAAUUUGUAUGACAUUCCUUGUUGAAUUUUAUAAAGACUUAUCAAUAUUGUAUAAAGUGUAAAUAAUGCAAGUCAAAUAAUGUCUGUGAAUUACAUAGAGUUUUAAAUUUCAUAAACAUUCAUUAAGAGAUCAAUUCAAUUGAAUUGAUACUUCAAUCAAUGAAAUGUGAUCAAGAAGUAGACAUUUUUAAUACUUCUGUUGACCAGAGGGAUAUAUUUUAUUUAUAUUCAUUAUUGUGAGUACCAUUGACGACCUUGUCAAACUUAGGGAAAAAUGUUUGAAUUAUGAUAGACUCAUAUAAAUUAAAAGCUAAUUUGUUACUGUUAAAAUGUUUGUGAAAUCAGACAAAUGCUUAUAAAUAAUUGUAAAUAAUAAUUUUAGUAAAAAA